UCUCCUCAGACAGUCGUGUAAUUCGGGUGCGUCACGCUCGCCGCAACAACAACACACAGCCACAGCAACUACAGCAACAGCAACAGCAGCAAGAGCCACAACAACCACAACAACAACGGCAAAUUCAAUGAAACAAAAAACACCACAACAACCCGUAAAGCCAAUUUUUUGAGAGUGCUAUCUGUGUUUGUUCCUAGAAUUACUCAAAAAUAAGUCGCAAGGCGAAGGAAAAACAAGACCAAAAAUAUCAUAUAAAAUAUAUAUAAAAGUACCGAAAAUGUCUUAGGAAAUGUUCAUAAAAAAUAUUACAAAAAAUCUUAAAAAAUCUCAAAAAAAAAUCUUUAAAAAAUUUUGAAAAAAUCACGAAAAAAUCUUGAAAAAUCUCGAAAAAUCUCUCAAAAAUCCCCUAAGUAUAUAUCUUUAUAACGCAAAAAAAAACGACUUUUAUUUUGUUAUUGUGUGUGCGCCCCUGUGUUUCUGUGUGUGUUGGCCAACUUCCUGUGCAACCGGUCUGCGGAAAAAAAUAAAGAUCCAGCCCAUUCAUCCAGCAUCCGACACAAGUUGCACCUGCAACAUAAAAAAAACCACAUACAACUAAAAAAAUAAAAGCAAUUUAAAGAAGUUGAAGCUGGCGACAUAAACCCGUUUUUUUGGAAGGGGGCCGAGCCAGGCAGCGGCGCCAAGGCCAAACACGAUUUCCACUUGGCCACAACAGCAGCAGGAGCGCAGAAAAAAAAAGGUGAAAAAAGAAAAUACAGCAGUGAACGACUUUCCACAUUUUUCCUGGACAUUUUCCUUUAUGCUGAGUUAACAAUUGCCGCGUGAACAUGAAGAGAAUGCGCAGCAGUGGCCUACUGGUGCUGCCGCUGGUCCUUCUGCUGAUCCUGACGCUGCUCCUCCAACCGAUUGCCGUCCAAGCCAAGUCGAAGAAGAACAAGUCCAACCAGAACUCACACCACAGCGACUCAUCCUCCGCCUCAUCUUCGGGAUCGUCGUCCGCCGCGAAUGAUGAGAACAAGCCGAAGGGCGGCGACAAUGGGGGCCAGCACUUCGCCAUGGAACCGCAGGAUCAGACAGCCGUCGUGGGUUCCCGUGUGACACUGCCCUGCAGGGUAAUGGAAAAGGUCGGUGCCCUUCAGUGGACCAAGGAUGACUUCGGCCUUGGUCAGCAUCGCAAUCUCAGCGGCUUCGAACGCUACUCCAUGGUGGGCAGCGAUGAGGAGGGCGACUUCUCCCUGGACAUCUAUCCCCUGAUGCUGGACGACGAUGCCAAGUACCAGUGUCAAGUGGGUCCGGGUCCGCAGGGUGAACAGGGCAUCCGAUCGCGCUUCGCCAAGCUGACGGUCCUGGUGCCACCGGAGGCGCCAAAGAUCACCCAAGGGGAUUACCUGGUGACCACCGAGGACCGCGAAAUCGAACUGGAAUGCGUUUCGCAGGGCGGCAAGCCCGCCGCCGAAAUCACCUGGAUCGAUGGCCUGGGCAAUGUGCUCACCAAGGGCAUUGAGUAUGUCAAGGAACCUCUGGCCGAUUCGCGCAGGAUUACGGCCAGAUCGAUCCUAAAACUGGCGCCCAAGAAGGAGCAUCACAACACGACGUUCACGUGCCAGGCCCAGAACACCGCCGAUAGGACCUACAGAUCGGCCAAACUCCUACUGGAGGUCAAGUACGCGCCCAAGGUCACCGUUUCGGUGGUGGGCGGUGCCCUGGCGGGAGGAAAAAUUCCGGAGGGCGCCGAGGUCAUCCUGAGCUGCCAGGCCGACGCCAAUCCCCAUGAGCUCAGCUACCGCUGGUUCAUCAACGACGAGCUAAUGACUGGUGAUUUUACCACCAAGAUGAUUAUUCAUAAUGUAACGAGGCAAUAUCACGAAGCCAUUGUCAAAUGCGAGGUGGUCAAUGCAGUGGGCAAAAGCGAGGAAAGCGAGACUCUGGACAUAAGUUUUGGUCCAGUUUUUCGACAGCGCCCUGUGAGUGUGGAGGCCGAUUUGGGCGCCACUGUGAGCAUGAAAUGCGAGGUGGCCGGCAAUCCCACGCCCGAAAUCGAAUGGAUCAGCGAGAACAACGAUCGGGUUGUUGGCACAGCUGCGGAACUGAAGCUGAAGGUGAGUAGCGAAACGGCCGGGCGCUACUUCUGCAAGGCGGUGGUCAACGGAUUUCCCGAGAUCGGAGCCGAGGCCACGGUCUACGUGAAGAGGGCCCCGAUCAUAACGUCGCACAAGGUGCAGUUCGGCGGCGUCGGCGGCCGUGUGAAGAUCGACUGCCUGGCCUUCAGCAUACCCAAGGCGGAGCACAUCCUCUGGUCGUUCGAGGGCAAGAUCAUCAACAUGAGCAGUGCCGAUCCGGACAUAUACAUCUUCGAGGAGCACCACCUGCCGGAGGGCGUGCGCGCGGCCCUGAUCAUCCGCGACAGCAAGGCCACGCAUUUCGGGAAGUACAACUGCACGGUGAUGAACUCGUACGGCGGCGACUCGCUGGUGAUCACCCUGCUGCGGGAGCCGGGCAACAUACCCGUGCCACUGGUCGUCAUGGGCUCCAUGUUCUGCGUGGCCACCAUCCUGAUGAUCGUGAUGAUCAUCAUUGUGUACCGCAAGCGGCGGAGCAGCAAGAAGCCCAUGCCGGCGGAUGUGAUACCGGAGGCGUCGCGCGGCGGCGACAAGCUGAACGAGCUGAAGAGCGAGCUGCGAUCCAAGGCCUACGAUGUGGAGUACUCGGAGGCGGGCGGCGAUGGCCUGGCCAUCAAUCUCACCCAGUCGCCGAUGCCGGAUGUGCAGAUGAAGGGCGCCACCCUGGGGGUGCCACUCGCCGGUCCCGUGAAGUUCGAUGAGCGUUUCUCGGGUGACUUUGGCGGCGAUCGCUACAACCGGCAGUGCCACAUCAAGAACCUGAAGAACCAGCAGGAGACGGCCUACAAGGGCAGUCCGCAGGCCAAUGGCUAUGCCCACUACUUUGAGUACGCCCUGGACUACAGCCCGCCCGGCGAGGGGGCGGCCGUGGUGGUGGGCGGCGGCGGUGCUGUCGGCGGGGCCAAGGUCAAGAACGGUGGCAUGAACUCGGCCACGCUGCCCCACUCGGGCGCCUCUGUCAAUGGGGGCGGCGCCGGCUCGGGGGGCGGCGCCAGCCUGCCACGCAACCAGCGGCACGAACUUCAGCAGUCCCAGCAGGCGAACGGAUUUCUCGGACAACCGCUGCUUCAGAACGGCAUCGACAGCCGCUUCAGCGCCAUCUACGGUAAUCCCUACCUAAGGACGAACUCCUCGCUGCUGCCACCCCUCCCACCGCCCAGUACCGCCAAUCCGGCGGCCACGCCCGCCCCGCCCCCCUACCAUGCCGCCCGCCACGGCCACGCCCACCAUGCCAACGGUGGUCUCAAGCACUUUGUGGGCGGGGCGGUGAUUACCACGAGUCCCGUUGGCAAUUUGAACGGCAUGGGCGGAGGCGGCGGGGGCGGUUCGACGCCCAGCGGCGGAGGGGGCGUGGCCGCGGGGGGCAGCGUCAGCGGCAGCAGUUCGAAUUUAACCGCCAGCAGUAACACCCUGGCGGCCACGCCCCUGGCGGGCGGCGGCGGAAGCGGCGGCCAGUGUGCCCAGAGUCCGUCCGGCCAGUUUAUACUGUCCAACAAUGGCAAGGGACACACGCAGAAGGGGCCUCUGGCCACACACGUCUAAGUAGGGGAAGUGCCCGAACCCCCGGCGAAAUCUGAAAAAGAUAUACCUAUACAUAAAGCAUUAGCAUAUCCCAUGAAUGUAUUAAAAAGCAGAACUUCUAGUGUGUAACCAUCAUUUUUUUUGUCAAAAUAUUAGCGUAAUUCUGGCUCAAGUGGUGUUAACUAUUCUCGAAAGGGCCUGGCAAAGCAAAACCAACUUCUAUAAAUAUCUUGGCUGAAAUUUAAGCACUAAGGAUCGAUUUUUUUUUUUUGUAAAUUUGUAUGACACAGACCCCAGGAAAAUAGUUAACCAUCCCUUGAGUAACCAUGAAAAUAUAUGUAAAAAAAAAAAAGAAUAGAAAAGAAAACAAAAACCGUAUUGUGAUUUAUAGCGUUAAUUAUUUUAUGGCAAAGCUCGAUGAGUUUUCGAACAGCAAAUUAUAUCAACUAGUGCAAAUCUUAAGCUACUUAUUGAGUAAAAAAAUCGUAUAUCAAUUAAACACGAAACGUAUCGAAGGGAGGAGAAGGUAAAAAUCAUAAACCAACUACAUAACUUCAAAAGUUCAUUUUAAACAGCGAGUUGCAUACAAUUUUAAACAGAACCCGAAAAUCAAUUCAAUUAAAUAGAAACAUAAUUAUAAAAUGCCUGUAGUUAGUUUCAAGUAAGAAAAAGGAAAAUAAAAUGCAAAAGCAAAAGCAGCAAGCAAAAACAAUUUUCUAAGCCAAAAUUUAUCAAAUUUUUAGACUUAAAUAUAUCUAUAUGGAAGAUACGAAGUGAAUGCAGUGAGAGAAACUUUGAGAGUAAGUGCUGCAUUUGACCUGUGACCCGGUCAGGAAAGCCAAAAGUAAAUGGAAAAAAAUACCAACCUUUAUAUUUUAUACUAAAUAUUAUUUACGGGAUAAUACAGUAUUAACAGAGUUUGAAAAAAAAAUCCCCAAAAAUCAGAAGCACUUAAAAAAAUGUUGUCGAAAUGUUGUUUUUUCAUGGAAAAUAAAAACACCGCCACUAUAGUUAGCAAUUUGAAACCUGAUCGGGUUGCAAGGCUCACAGCACCCAGCAUCCAUGUGAAAACUUCAAUAUUUUUUUGCCUAGCCCCUAAGCGAGUAAAUGGAAAUUAAAUCAAUUAUGUAAAGAAACAAGUGGAGUACUGUAUAUCGUAUAGAGCAUAAAUGUGUAUGUCAACGCUUAAAUUAAACGACUAGCUAAGAUUAGAGAGAGUGUUUGUGUUUUUUUUUCCUGCCUAGUGGUGUAAGCCUAUUUAUAAACGUAACGAAAGGUACAUGUAAACAAUUUUAAACGUAAAACCGAAAGUAAAACCUAAAAAGCUUAGCAACAAUUUGUAAAACAUUUGAGCGAUCUACCAAAAAACGCAACUAAGUGUGAAGCGUACAAUUUUUAACACGAAAUGCUGCCUUAUGAUUCCUUGUUGGGUUCUUAAUUCAUUAAGCCAAUACUGUAAUUACGUUUUUUUUAACAUAUACACAAAUAUACAUAUUUAUCUAAAGUAAUACAGAAAUCGCUUUAAAUGUUCUCCGUUUGCCCUGAUUUUUUCACUCGAAUCUAUUUCUAUUCUUUCCUUGGCCCAUUUGCGCAGAGCUUUUUAAAUGGCAUAACGUUCCGAGAGUCGGACAUAAAGAUGGUGUUACAUUUUUUGGAUAAUUGUCAAACGAUUCAAUUAAAAGUUCAAUUACAUAGACGUUACAGAAAAAAAAAAGAAAACGAUACAAGACAAAAAGAAAAUUCAAAUGAAAAUCCUAUUAAGCCAAGUAAUUACGAUAAUUGCAAGAAAUGUGUGUGUAAAGUGGGGAAUGCCGAGAAAACAGUUCGAAAAUCGAAAACUAAGAACGUAUUGCGAGCGGAGGGAGCAGAAAACGAAAAUUUAACUUAAGUCGAGAACAACUCAAAUUAGUUGAAAUGAAAAAGCAAGAAAAAAAUGAAAUAAAAUAUUUAAAAAUGCUAA